GCUCUGGAGAUGUAGGCUUGGGUGUCGACUGACUCUUGUUGCACUGACUCUUCUUGCAUUUUACUAGAUCAACGACUGGCUUACUAAUACCAGCCACUACUUCUCUUCGUCCGCGCCGUGCACUCGCCCCCCAUCGCCAGCCAUGUCCGCCAGCGCGCGCGCGGUGCGCCAGGGCGAAGCCGGCGGUGCGUCUCCUCUCUCCAAGUCGCUCUACAGCCUGUCGCUGCAGCGGCCGGCGGCCCGUACUGACGCCGCCUCAGACGUGUGCCCGGUAUGCAAGUCCAGCCGGUACCUGAACCCGAACAUGAAGUUCCUGGUCAACCCGGAGUGCUACCACAAGAUGUGCGAGUCGUGCGUCGACCGCAUCUUCAGCCACGGGCCCGCGCCGUGUCCGAUCGCCGGCUGCGCGCGCACGCUGCGCAAGGGCCGCUUCCGCGAGGCGACGUUCGAGGACCUCAAGGUCGAGCGCGAGGUGGAUAUCCGGCGGCGCGUGGCGUCCAUCAUGAACAAGGAGGAGCCCGACUUCGAGACGCUCAAGGACUACAACGACUACCUCGAGCAGGUCGAGGAGAUCACGUGGAACCUGAUCCUCAAGGUCGACGUCGACGAGACGAACCACCGCCUGCAGCGCUGGGCCGCCGCGCAGGCCGCCGAGACGGGCGCCACGCGCCGCACCUACGAGCCCGACCCGUCGAUACCGACCGCGGCCGGCGUCGUGUUGAAGAAAGGCGGCACCCAGCGCCGGGCCCUCGAGUCGGCAGCCGGCACCGCGUCCGACGCGAACGUCAAGGACAAGGGCUUCCGCUUCCACGGGCUGAAAAAGCGCGUGAUCCCGCCGCCGGAAGCGCCGUUCGACCCGUUCGACGGCUGGAGCAUCGCGCCGCAGUACUACACGCUGCAGGCCGACUACGACGCGGACUGGCUGACGCAGCACAAGCACGAGGUGGCGCAGCGCGUCGGCGGCUUCCAGUGGCCCGACUUCUACGACCGCGCGCUGCAGGACGCGUUUGGCGGGCUGGCCGUCUUCAUCGACGAGGAGAUCCGCGCGCGGGACGUCUCGUUCGAGGCCGCGGCCGCCGCCGAGGGGGAAGACGUGCACAUGACUGUUUGAGUAGAGAUACCCGGCGCAAGCCAGCAGCAUUGGGCGGCGUACAAUCCAUAGCAUUGCAAUCCAUCACAAGCGCUCCACACUCCCCCGCCCGCCAUACCCCGUGUCCACAUGCCCAAACUGCUCCGCAGGCAACUCAUACCCCUCGCCUCUCCUCGCCCCCGGCCUGACGCCCCCAAACUCCCCCUCCCCCUCCCCCUCCACCC